AAAAAGGAUGCGACUUGCGAGCACAAAAAAGAGGACAGAGGAAGAUUUGAGGAGAAAGAGGGAAGGGGCAAAGGGGAGUAGGGAGAGAAUAAGAGAAUAAGUGAAAGCUAAGAUCUUUCAACUCUGCUUCCGUUGAGAGAUCAUUCUAUUGUACAGGAUUAGCUAAGAAGGCUGAAUAUAGCUCUGAAUCUGCAAAUUCGGGUUAUCUACUCUACGUUUCCAGCAAAUAAUGCUUGGUUUCCGGUGAUGAGAGAUAAAAAUAAUCACCUUCUGUUUGUAACGGAUUUGCUAAUACAAAAUCAAAACAGAAAUGGAGAGAAAUAGAGAAGUUAGAAGAGUAAAUAUGGCUGCUGCAAAUGGUUUGGCGUCUAGAAGACGACAUAGAAGUGGGAGCCUAAGAGAUUCUCCAGAGGAUGAUGGGCCUGUGGAGUUGCAGGAAACGGCGAGGCUACGAGAUCGAGGGACUGGGAAAAAAGAUCGAGACCGAGACCGUGACAGGGACAGGGACAGAGAUCGGAUGAGCAGUAGGGGCAAGAGAAGAAGAGGAGACAGGUUGAUGCACGGUAGCAAUAGAGAUGAUGGCGGCGAUGAGAGCUCAGAAGAGAGUGUAAAUGAUGAUGAAGACGAUGAAGACGACGAUGGAGGUGCCGUAGGUAGCUCCAUGAGGAUGCUCCCACCAAAUCCUUCCUCCCUAUCUUCAUCUUCUAUGUCGAAUCAUCACCAUCGGAAAAGCUUCCCCCCGCCGGCCAAAGUUUUUAGAACCACGACGGCGACAGCCCCGUGGAAGGCACCCGAUGAGAUGAUUGGCGUUUCGGUGCCUAGAAAAGCUCGGUCAGCGUCUACAAAGAGGUCUCAUGAAUGGGCUUCAAGUUGUGGAGUUGGUACUGAGCAAAUUCAUCGGCAAGCGUCCACAUCUCCGGUGAGAUCGAGUGGACCAAGCGUUGCAGCGAUGUUGGCUUCAGCGUCCGCGUCCCCUGCUCCAGUCUCGCCGUCUUCUUCUAAUGCCUCAGUUAAGAAGAAGAUGAAGCCUAAUGGGCCGAAGCAGAGACCGCCGAAAUCCUCGUCUAAGUUUACUUCCUCAACUCAGGAGGAGAUUGAGGUCGCUGAGGUGUUGUAUGGCUUAAUGAGGCAGCCUCAGGGACCAACAAAGCAAGAAGUAGUUGCAAAUGAUUCAAUGAAGUUUGAUUCGAAGGAAGUGAGCAACAAUAAGUCCACUGGUGAUGCCAAAUCCAGAGUUUCCUCGCCGAUCUCCAACUCACCUUCCCCCAUACCUCAGUCUUCUUCAAUUCCUCCCACUAAUUCUAGCUCAUCUGCUACUCCCAUGUCUGCAAUUGCGCCAAAGAGAAAAAAGCCGCGACCUGUCAAAUACGAAGAUGAGAAUCCAUCAGUUUAUCCUGUGCGGAAUAGUCCCAUUGCGUCAACAAUCAAGGUCGAUAUCGAUCAGCCUCCCAAAAUGGAAAAUUGUUCUCCCAAUUUGGCAAAGAAUUCAGGAUCCGCUGCUGAAAAUGGCGUCGUUCCACAAGAUACGACAACCAGUAAAGCUGUACUGGUUUCGACAGAAGCACAGCCGCAGCCGCAGCUGCAGCUGCAGCCGGAGCAAGUGAAGUCUGAGAGCAUUUCGUUGUUGGAUUCGAGACCACCGGUGCAAGAAUCAGAUUGUAAAGAUUUAGUUGUGAACAAAGAGGAGCCUCGAUCGCCGAAGAAGGAAUCUUCUAAUGUUGGUCUAAGAUUGGAUGAUGAUAGUGAGAGUGUGACAGCGACUAAAGCUAAUUCGGCGGUUUCUGAAGUUGAAACCCAGCGAGAAGAGAAGUUCCAGAUAGAUCUGAUGGCUCCACCUCCAGUAAGAUCAUCUCCAGAAAGGGACAGUGAGAUUGGUUUUGUGGCCAUAGAUCCUAAACCUAGAAUCACAGAUGUGGAAACGGAAAUGAAAGCGGCGGUCAAAGAUGAUGAUAAGGCAGUGAAAAUUGGAAAAGAUGUGAAUAUGGAACGAGAGGAGAAAAGGACAAAAGUGGUUGCUGAAGAAGCUGAAUGCCAUAAACCAGUUGUUAUUGCUAAUAAAGAGAGGAAUAUUGAUCUUCAGCUUGAUUUGGAGAAACCUGAUGGUGUCAUCGUUGCUGGAAGUGGCAACAAGGUGCACCAAGAUGUUCAGAAACAACAGCAGCAACAGCAACCACACACUGAGAAAGCUGCUCAAUCAAAUUCUCUUCCUCUACCUAUGUCAAUGGCUGCCUGGCCCGGUGGGCUUCCUCACAUGGGAUAUAUGGCACCUCCUCUACAAGGGGUUGUAUCCAUGGAUGGAAGCACUGUAUCUUCUGCAGCUAUACAGCCUCCACACUUGCUUUUUAGUCAACCAAGGCCGAAGAGGUGUGCAACCCAUUACUACAUCGCGCGGAAUAUACAUUAUCACCAGCAAUUUACAAGGAUGAAUCCUUUCUGGCCAGCAGCUGCUGGUUCUGCUUUACAAUUUGGGGCAAAGGCCUGCAACGUCAAUGUGGUUCCCUCAACAGAUUUGCAUGCCAGUAGGGGUUUGCACUCUGUGCAAGACAAGGGUCAGGGUCUAGCCAUCUUUCCUGGUCACACGGGUAAGGAGAAGAGCUCUCAAACUUCAAACACUGCAGACGCUGCACAGAGGAAGCAGAUUUUGGUUCAGCAGCCUCUGCCCCCAGGAGCACCUGCUAAUAUCUUGCAUGGUCCUGCCUUCAUCUUCCCUUUGAGUCAACAGCAAGCGGCAGCGGCUGCUUCCGUUCGACCUGGUACAGUGAAGUCUCCUGCUGUUGCAGGUAGCACAACUUCAUCAAGCGCCUCUAAUUCUGCCUCAAUCAGUGCCACAAAAACAGCGGUAGCUGGUGCCACAGCGAUGAGCUUCAACUACCCAAAUAUGUCCGGCAAUGAAACCCAGUACUUGGCAUUUUUGCAGAACAGUGCAUACCCAAUUCCAAUUCCUGCACAUGUAGGGGCUGCGCCAGCUUAUCGAGGAACCCCCACUCAGGCAAUGCCUUUUUUCAAUGGUUCUUUCUAUUCUUCUCAAAUGAUCCAUCCUCCUCAGCUUCAGCAACAGCAGCCACCAGUCCCCCACUCUCAACAAGGCCAACAGGGUCAUCACAACCCAAGCAUUUCCAGUAGCUCCUCAUCAUCCCAGAAGCAUUUGCAGAACCAGCAGCAGAGGCUGCAUGGCAAUGGGAUUAAUGGUGGUAGUGGAAAUUUGCAAGGCUUUCCCAACUCGAAACACCAGCAACCAUCAUCAUUGCAGCUUCAACAGCGGCAGCAAAUGCAGAACCAGAAUGUCCUUCAUCAAGCUCGGCAACUUGAGAAUGAAUUAGGUGGUGAAGAUAGUCCUUCGACUGCUGAUAGUCGAGUCUCUCGUGCAAAUAUGAGUAUUUAUGGUCAGAAUUUUGCAAUGCCCAUACACCCACCAAACUUUGCUUUGAUGACUCCACCAACAGUGGGUGGUGCCACUACUGCAAGUGGCAGCAAUCCUGGUGAAAAGAAACAGCAGCAGUCACAACCACAGGGCUCUAAGGUCGGGGUUGAACCUUCUCAGGCUUUUCCCAUGUCAUUUGCCUCCAUUAAUGGAGCCACUAAUGCUCCAAGCCUUGAUAUUUCAUCAAUUGCACAAAAUCAUGCUUUUUUGCAAAGUGUCCCAGAGGCGGCAAGGCAUGGGUUUCACUUCAUUGCAGCUACUGCAGUUGCCCAAGCAGCACAUCAGAAGAAGAAUUACCACGUUUCUGAAGAAGGGAAAACUGGUGGAAAUGAUGGCUCGAAUGUAGGAGAGGAGAGAAAGGUCAUUCCAGGAGGAAAGGCUCAGCUAAAUGCUGGGCAGUCUAUUGCCUUUUCCCGGCCUGAUUUAGCAGAUACAUCAGCUUCGACAAUUCCAGGCAAUACUGCGAUUGAUAGUUCAGCACGAACUCUUAACCUUGGUUCUGCUCCUGGUCGAGCCACUGGUUCUGUUAUGUCAGCCGCUGUCAGCACUGUAAAUGCUUCUAGUGUGCAGCAACUGCAGCGGAAUCAGCAGCAGCAACAACAGCAGCAAAUGAUUCAACUUCAAAAGCAGCACCAAUUUGCAGCUGUAGCAGGUGCUUCUGCUCGAAGCAAAACACCAGCAACAAGUAAUGGAAGUGUGUACAGUGAUCAUAUUUCUUCUUCUUCAUCAAUGGCUACCAAGUUUCCUAAUGCACUAUCUGGAUUUCCUUCAAUUCUUGUCCAAAGCAGCGGUAGUCCUGUUCAUUCUCCGCAGUGGAAGAAUAAUGUUAGGACCACUUCCCAAGUUCCCUCCCCAUCUCUUUCCUCUACUUCAUCGUCCCUCAAAAACCUUCCCCAACAGCAAGGCCGUAUCCCACAAGGGCACGCACAGAUAUCUUUUGCAGCCAACCCAAAACUAUCAGCUGCCCCUCAAGGUCAAUCAGCUGCUAAUACUAACCAAUCCCCUUCUCCUCCAAUGGUAGUGGGCUCUCCAACUUCUUCUUCAAUUUCUAAAAGUGCUGGUGGGAGCCCAAGGACAACUUCCACUUCCACAAGUAACAAAGGAGGGCAAUCAUCUACGCUGUCAUCUCAGCAGGCCAAGAACUCCUCGUCAGCGCCUGCACAAAAAUCAUCUCCAGUUGGUGGAAAAAAUAUUCCUUCAAUCCUUGGCCAUCCCCAUAACUCCCCCUCUACAUCUAGCUCUGCCCCACAGCAGCAGCAGCAGCAGCAACCGCCAAAGCAUGCAUUGCAGCAGCAUACGCAGAUGCUAUACAGCAAUUAUUUGGCAGCCCAUGUUCAACAUACUGCUAGUUCAACGCAUACAACAUCUGUAGGAAUCGGAUUUUAUCACCAAAGACAUCGAAGUGAGCAGCAGCAACAACCGCAGGGCUCAUCAGUUACCUCCUCAGCAGGGAUGAUGAUGUGUCCUUCCAUGUCACUUCCCAACACCACCACCACUGAUCCUGCGAAGGCAGUAGUAGCUGCUGCACCUGCAGCAGCAAGCAAUAUGAAAGGUGGUGGCUUACCUUCACAGGGUGUUAUCCAUGCUCAGUUUGCUGCUGCACACUCCCCUGGGAAGCCACAUCUUGUUCCUGGUGGUGGUGGGUUCCCGUAUGUUCAUGCUGUUCAGGUGAAGCCAGCAGAGCAGAAACAACCUGCUGCAGAGUAGAAUCAUGUCUCCAGUACUUCAGAUGGCGACCCCCAUACAGGAAGAAAACUACUGAAGCUGAACAAGAUUUUGGUAAAAUGGGGAUUGUAUGUGUGCCCUUUGGCAGAGUGAGAAGAAAUGAGAGAAGUGAUGAAUAUUCAAGGAAGCAUGCCUUCGGAUUAGAACCCACAUUUUUGAAAAAGAGGAAGGGCCAGUGGGAAUGGUACAACGUAUCUCGGAACUUGCUUGGUUGCAAUGUAAAUUGAUCUCCGUAUGUGUGUUCAUAACCUGAAGAGGUUAAUCAUCAACUUUCUAAUUAAAUUAUAUUGGUUUGAUGGCAAGAGAACGUGCAAUGAGGCGAAACGAAAAGCGUUACAAAAGUGUGUUUUUUGUAGGGUUGAAGGGGGAAGAUGGUGAAGAUUAAUUUAAGGGGGGAGGGGAAGAGACAAAGUAUCUACUUGCCUUCUCCUUUUUGGGAUUUAAGCAAUGGAGGAUUUUCUUUUUCACUUUUGUUAUUUUCCAGAAAGAACAGUAGACGAUAUCUUUCAACAUAUAUGCGAUGGGAGGGUGUGUAUGUAUAUGUUUUAGCACAUAUAAGAGUAACCCUCACAGUUCUUUUAUUAAAGAAUCUCUCCCUCUCUUUGUUA